AUGUGGCUCUUCAUUGCAGUAGCAUUUCUGAUACAAGCAUCUCCCAGCUCAGAAGAACUGAUUCGGAGGAAGAGAGAUGUGAAUCCAGAAACAUUCAUGAAUGUUAGUCAAAUGAUCUGCUGCAGAGGAUAUCCCAGUGAGGAGUAUGACGUUCUCACGGAUGAUGGUUAUUAUGUGACAAUAAACAGAAUUCCUUGUGGCAGACAAAAUCCUUGCAACAAAGAGCCAAAGCCCGCUGUGCUUCUCCAGCAUGGAAUUUUUGGAGAAGGUAGCAACUGGGUUUCAAAUUUGGCCAACAACAGCUUGGGCUUCAUAUUAGCAGACUCUGGCUAUGAUGUUUGGAUUGGAAACAACAGGGGGACAACCUGGUCAAAAAGACAUCAGAACUUUUCAACUGACCAAGAGGAAUUUUGGGAUUUCAGUUUUCAUGAAAUGGCCAGAUAUGACCUUCCAGCAAUGAUCAACUUUAUUCUGCAGAAAACUGGGCUGAAGCAGAUAUAUUAUGUGGGUUACUCUCAGGGCUCUACUAUCGGUUUCAUAGCAUUUUCAUCUAUGCCAGAGCUGGCACAAAAAGUCAAAAUGUUUUUUGCCUUAGCUCCUGUAGUCACAAUUAAAAACUCCAAAAGCCCUGUCUUGAAAAUGCCACUUCUUCCUAAUGCAACUUUCCAGGAUAUGUUUGGCAAAAAAGAUUUCCACCUAAGAAAUAAGAAUUGGAAAGUGAUUACUGCUAAUAUAUGCAGUAAUCCAUUAAUUAAUAAACUGUGUGCCAAUUUUCUCUUCCUUUUGGGUGGAUACAAUGAGAAAAACUUAAAUACGAGUCGAAUGGAUGUGUACAUAGGCCACUACCCAGAUUCAACGUCUACUAAAAAUAUGAUGCACUGGCUCCAGGGACAAAAAUCAGGAGAAUUCAGAUACUUUGACUAUGGUGAGAGAAACCAGGCUCAUUACCACCAGAUGACUCCUCCUCACUACAUGAUAGAAGAAAUGGCUGUACCAACUGCAGCCUGGUCUGGUGGAGCGGACUGGGUUGCAGACAAACAGGAUGUUGACGAGUUGCUCCCUCGGAUAAGUAACCUAGUUUGCCACAACCAUGUUCCUCACUGGAACCACUGGGAUUUCAUUUGGGGUCUUGAUGCACCUAAACAUGUGUAUUGUAAAAUGACUGAGCUGAUGAGAAAGCGUCCAUAAAAACAUACAGAAGUGUUUGGGGACUAAGAACUUCAUUUACUUGUAUUAGAAUCUGUCCUCUUUGUUUGGCAAUGGAGUGCAUUUCUAGUUGUAAUUUCUGUAUAUUUUUAAAAGCCAACCCUGGAGGUUAUACAUAAGGAAAUGUAUUUUGACUAAAUUGACUUUAUGGGGGUUUUUUUUUAAUUUUGUGAGGGCCACUUUUUUCUCACCUUCCUGAUGUAAUUCAGAGGCAGAUUCUAUCAUGUAGAAAGCUGAAUUAUAUUUCUCAAAGAAAACACAUAUACAACAAAAAAUAUAAUCUAGUUCCUAUGAAAGGUUCUUAAUAUAAGUAUAAAACAAAUAAACAUAUAUUUUUCCUCUAUUAUUUGUAGUAUUUGAUUUUAAAGACAUUUUAUCCACAUACAUGACCAUACAAUAUUCUGAGGAUCAGAAUAGCCCUCCUGAUGUUUCCAGAAACAGUCAUCUUCAGAAAGACACCACAAAAGUCUGCUUAAUUUGACAGAUGACUUGUCAGGUGUUGGUAACAUUUGAUUCUUUCAUUUGCUAAUGAUUCCAACAUUUCCCUAAUUACAUUUUAGAUUAGUAGUGAAUUGAUAUUGAAAUAUCUAUUAUUAAAUAUACAUGACUGAAAGUAUUUGUUGCUUCUUACAUUUUAACUGUUGUAAUGGCAAGUUCCUGGUAAGGUUCUAGAUUAUGUGUUAAAAGCACAGUGAUUUUUUUAAUGUAUGUAGGGACAGGUUUAUUACUAACUGUGAUGCCCAGAUGCAAAAGGGGAUGGCAGGGGAAAACAUCAGUUUUCUGGAAAAAUACAAAACAGAAUACCAUACAAAG